CAACAUGGUGUCUGACCACUCGAAUGGGUAUGCCGAUUGAGCUGUUGGAAGGCCGAUUGAUCUAGACGACAAGAGUGUUAUUGUUCAUCUGCCACCCAGGCUCGCCAAUACGGUGAUAGUCCAUGUUCUUGAUCUGGACCAGGGCACAUACAUGGGUUGUCACAUCGCGGUCUCAGCUGCAGGCGAUACAGUUCGCUCGUGACCCCCCUGAUCAAGGAUGUCCCAGCCUCCGCGAAGGAAGAAAGACAUAAAUAGUGUCAAAAGGACUCUCGCGUAGGACUUCCCUCACAAAUCGCUUUCCACCUCAAGCUCUUCCUUUGUGAGCCCUCAACUCGACAGCUUUAUGCCCCGGUCCCUUGUGUAUAACAAGUCUCUGACUCUAGUCUUAACUCCUGGAAAUGAGUCCAGCGAACAGCCUUGCCGAGGCUCACAGCAGUCUGUACAACGCGCUCGGAAUCCCACAGGCCGGAGACAUCGACUGCUUUGCCGGGAGGGAGACCCAAAGCCAGUGCCUCCACACACUUCCAAAACGGCGACGAGCCUUGAUUAAGCCAAUUGUGCAAGCCCUGGCUGUUCGAGAAUCUAACGAUGAUGACCAAAGGGAUACCAUUGAUCUUUCUCUCCGGGACUUGGCCAAGAAACUCGUCUGCCACAGACCAGAAAAGAUACACACGGAAACACUCGUGUUCGACGGAGACAAGUUUCCGAAUCCCGUGGACUAUGCCCACGCCUUAUUGACUAGGAGGUUCUACAAAUGGCUCAAGACGGAGAGCAAAGAAAAUCCAAGGCUGGUACGGUCUUCUCAGAAAUCAUCGACUUCCCUUCGAGAACGUGGAGCAGCGCGCAUGAGCAAACGAAAUCCGGAUCAAAGUCAAUGUUUUAUCAUUUACGACACGGACGACGGCGAGUAUCCGGGUGACUAUCUAAGCGAUGAUGUGAUUGAAUCAAUUGAAGAAGACAUCGAUUUAAGUCACAGGGGAGCCAGUUCAGAUCAAGAUUCUGAAGAUGAGGGGAUAGACGAAUGUACCCGUCAGACAUCUACACAGCGGGAACUUCGACGUCCUGGACUUACUAGGCAGAGCCCACUGGGUGACAAGGAAAUCCCCAGGACGCCCCCAAGAAACCACGGUUCGAGAUAUCGCAACAUUUAUUCCAGAUCACCAGGCCUGCUAUCAUACCCAACACCCACAAACGAUGCAUGUCUUACUUCACCAGGGUCUGUCACCUCGCCUGAUCCUAGUGAGGUCUUCACCCCAUAUUCGACAGCCUCGACACCAUAUUCUGCUUUCAGCACCAAGGGGUGCGAAACUCCACGAUCUUCUUUUCGCCAGAGCUGCUAUAAUGAAAGACACAUGGAGAGCCCAACGCGCAGAAAGAUGCAGACAGAUAUUGACCUUCUUUCAAGCGAUAUGAUGAAGAAAAUGAGACUCAGCGUAGAUGACUUGGGUGACCAGAGUGACGAAGCUGAAUCAGAAGCGGAGUCAUUGCGAUCUCGUCGCUCCAUGACCUUCGAUGACACGGAGAAAUCGCCAGUCCAUAAUACCGUGAAACUCUUGGCAAGGCCAGUUUCGGAGGAGCGGUUGGGAUCUGGGUAUGUAUAUUGCUUCGCCGAAAGGUCAAAGCCUGGAUUCCUCAAAAUUGGAUACGUAAGAAGCCCCGAGUUCAGCAAGUCUGACAAGGUUGAAAGGAGGAAGGGGGAAUGGGAGAAUGAAUGCAAAAAUGACCUGGUCUACAAAUUCAGGGUCUUCAUGCCACAUGCUGUUAGGAGGAUGGAGGCACUGAUCCAUCAAACGUUACACAGAAAGAAAAUGAACGCCUCUUGUCCGAACACAGCCUGCCAAAAGACGCACAAGGAAUGGUUCAGGAUAGAGGAAGAAGAGGCAUACCGAGUUAUCGAGAUCUGGCAACAGUUCAGCAAGUUGAAUCCCUAUGGUGACAAGGGCGAGUUAGAAGAGCACUGGGCACGAUACAAACUGACACAUCUAGACGAUGAGUGUCUCUGGAACGCCAAAAGCUGGUUAGCCACAGAGUGGGCUAAGUUGAUCGCAGAGGCUGUCGAAGCCUUGAUGCAAGAGAAGCAGAGAGCCGUGGAGAAAUAUCAUGCAGAAAUGAGACAACGUCUGGCUGUGUUAAGGAAGGCUCAAGAACGAAUUUUGAUUUAGAAGCACGGUCUGGGCACAUUCGAGUUGUAAGUUUACCAAACUGGACGCUUGUUUAUGGACGUGUUUAAGGUCUGGCCAUGGCUAUUAUGCUUUGUAUUACUAAGUGCUGUUUCAUUAGUUAACGCGUUGUUUAGUCAAUUUACAAGAGAUCAAGAAUUGUGAUACUUGUGAGUCGUCUUGUCCUCCACGGGUAUACCGGAGGCUAUGUGAGCAAGUAUUACACCAUGUACGGAGCACGAGCGUGUAACUUGUCAGAAUGAGGCUGUCUCGUCCCACCCCGUUGAAGAUAGAAUGUUGAAGUCGGAGCGUGGGGGACACUUUGAUGGAUGAGAUGUGUUACCUGAACUCAGGGAACUAGAAAACUUCUGAUGUUGAAUCAGGGUGUCGAGAUAAACUAAGGUAGUCUAAAGGCCUGCUAAGAUAUAGUAAACUUAUUCAAGUCUUGUUGUUAGCUAGAAAGGAGUUCUCAAUUUUCUUGCC